AAGGAACAUAACAAGAAGCACAUGGAGCACUAAAUAAGUCGAAAAUUACCCGCCGACGAACUCCUUGGAUCACCGGGCUAGGGCUUGUAGAACACGGUGAUGGCCGGCCAGGCGAAAGAUGCCGGCAGCGAUCUACAGCUGGUCGUGGCGACCCCGGCGGCCGGCGCUCCUGCGAAGGUGGGGGCCGGCGAGGGCGCGAUCGUGGAGCACGGGAAGGGCGGCGCCGUACUGCGAGAGGAGGAGGAGGACCUCGAGGUCAAGCUGCGCCGGAUCAUGGAGAACGUCCCAGUCAGGGUCAGCAACACCUCCGGCAGCUCCGCCGGUUCCGGCUCCGGCGACUUCCACCAAUAUCGGCAAAUGAGGCGGAAGGAGCAAGAUCGACUUGCAAGGAUGGAUGUAGACUACCAGAGAAGGAAAGAGUUGGUGGAGUUCAAUAUGAGAAGGGAGGAAAGAAUGAAAGCUGCAGAGGAGCGGACUGCAAAGAAACGCUUGAAACGCCAGAAGAAGAAACAGAGGAAGAGAGAGAAGAAGAAUAAUCUGAAUAAUGGAGGGGAAGAGCCUUGCAACGAAGAGUCCUCAGAUAAUGGGGAUUCUGAUGAAGGUGGUGAAACCUAACAUUGAGAUUCUGCCUUUACUUCACAUUAAGAGGCAUGUUUAAGUGAGAGUCUGGACUGUUGAUCAGGAAAAAGCAUCCAGUUGACAUUCUUAACUCCUGGCUAACCUUUCGUGGUGAAAAGUUCUGUCAAACUCAGUUCCUUGUCAACUUUAGGAUCGAACAAUGUGCUGAUGAUACGAUUAUUUUCCUUUUUGGUAGGAUUGCAAAUAUUACUAUCAUUAAGAUUGCAGACAUUAUUGCUAUAAUGCUGUAGAUAUUCAUUGAUGGGAGACCCAAAGUUGAUAGAAUUUUAUUUAAAAACAGAAAUGGUACUUUAAAUUAGAACA